CCGGGUGGAGACAUGAGUGUGAAACUUGCCGUAAAUUAGUAAUAUUAUUCUGCAACAGAGGGCACUACCUACACCGUAAUUAUGGCGUCCAAUUUGAACGGCCCUGAGUAAUUUAGUAUUUGGGUUCGUAAAAGGAAGGAUCAUGUAGUAUAAUCGGUCUAGCUACGAGAUGGCUAAAAUAUUCGUAAAGUUUAUAUAGGCGGGUAGCGAAAGUAAGAUACUUCUGAAAUAUUAUGAAUGUUCAUAUGCUUUGUGUGACAUGUCAUUGUUGACAUCGUCAGAGUUACAGAGUGCUGUCCUAGCAACAGGCCCAGCCGCAGGUACUAGUGACACUAGUAGUGUGGUAGGAACGGGCGAUUAUGUCUUGGCAACACUUAAUUCACGCACCUACAGUGUGCAGUCAUUUUUAGGGAAAAUACGAGAAUUAGAAGAGGAAGGUGCGAGAGUAAAGGGUCGCAUUGAUUCUGAGCUGGAGAACUAUGGCACUUUCUCCCUGACGUCCAGUUUUGAGUCCUCUCCUCGUAGUACCGAAGCAGCAGGUCGUACAGGAAUGGCCGACACGCAAAAUCCAGACGAUGCCAAACUAGCAGAGUUCGGGGAGGAGGACCACCCGACAUUAUCACCAGGCGACGACUACUCGCAUCUCUUACAAGAUUCAGGAAUGUCUGUAUUCAGCAGCGUUCCAACAGCGCCCUCUACCCCUACCAGCCUCGUCGGAACCGGCAACCAUCAGGCCGCCGCACGCUCCCUCGUCGACUCUCAGGCGGAGAUCUCGCGAUUGAAGGGCAAGAUUCGCGAGGCGAACGCCAUCUGUGAGAAGCAGCGGCGGCACUACCGGCGCGGCAUCGAGACGAUGCAGAACACGUUGGAGAAGACCGUCGUCGGACGCGAGUCCAUCUAUAACAUGCGAAGGGAAGACGCCGCCACGCAGGAGAAGCUGAUCUCCGACCUACAGGAGGUCCUCAACGACCUCCAGUCGACGAACGACGCCAAGGAGAGGGCGCUGGCCGAGAGCGGCCGCAAGGUGGCGCUGCUGCAGCAGGAGGCGGGCGCGGCGGGCGGGGCGCUGCGGGAGGAGCACGCGGACGACGUCAAGCGACUGGAAGCACAGGUGUCACAGACACAGGAGGAAGUUGAAGACGUGAAAAGGAGCGCUCUGGAACACGAACAAAGGCAACACAGUGAAGGGAAGGCCAGGCAGGUCGGCGCGGCGACGGAGCGUGCGGACAACGCGCGCAAGCAGGCGGCGAGCCUCCAGGCGCAGAUGGGCGUCGCAGCGAAGCACCACCGAGAGGAGCUCGCGCGCAAGACGAAGGAGACCCUGGGCCUGAAGGAGAAGCUGUCGGAGAGGGAGAAGGCGCUCGCCUCGCUGAAGAAAGCCUGCGAGGAGAAGGUGGGUGCUGCGUCGCAGCCAAGACGACGUUGA